AUGUGGGUCCAGGAGGUCAUACUGGGUGGGAUGGUGUCCUCCCAAGUUCACAUCCACCCAGAACCUCAGAAUGUGACUGUCCAGUUGACUCUCAACGCAGUUUUGCCCAUAAACCUGCACUUUUGCCAAGAGGAGAAGAUGGCUGCUGGGUGCCUGCUCCCCUGGCCCCAGGAACCAGUGACCUUCCAAGAUGUGGCCAUGGACUUCUCCCAGGAGGAAUGGGAGUUGCUGGAUGGUGCUCAGAGGAAGCUCUACAGAGAGGUGAUGCUGGAGACCUGCAGGAACCUGGCCUCACUGGAAGCCUUGAAGAACUAAGGUACUGAUACAGCCAUUGAGGAUGGUACAUUUUCCCCAGCACAAACCUCUCAAGACACCAGUCUUUUCCUAUGGACAGAAUUCCUUCUGUUCCACCAUUCUUAAGUUAGAAGUUUUAUUCUUUUAUUUUCUCCUCAAUUAAUUUCAGAUUGGGAGACUGAACUGAAAAGCCAAGAGUCAAUUUACAAGAAGGUGGUUUUAGGGGAAGAACCACAUUGUGGUAUGAAUAUUAUAAAGCUCCCCAGAGAAGACUGGGGAUGUGGUCAACUUGAGGAGAACCAUGAAGACCCCCAGAGGCUUUUGAAGCAAGUGGCAUACAUCCAGUUAAAGGCAUUUGCUCUAAAGAAGGCUACUGCCUGGUAUGAAUUUGGGGAAAACUGUAAUUUGAGCACAGACCUUGUUUUAUCACAAGGAAACCACUUCCCGACUGACCUAGAUAUUGAGUGUUUGGUAGCUAAUCCAUUCUUAAACCAUCAUCAGGUGAGAUGUACAGUUGAGAGACCCUGUGAAUGUAAUGAAUGUGAGAAAGACCUCAGCCAAAAUUGUCCCCUUAUGAAACACAAAAGAGCUCAAACGUCCACAAAUGCAGAAAGUGGAAAAUCAUUUAAUCAUAAUAUGACUCUUACAAUACAUAAAAUUAAUACGGUGAAGAAACCCUAUGAAUGUUUCCAUUGUGGGAAAGUGUUUAACCAGAGGCAUUCCCUGAGUGAACAUCAGAGAAUUCACACAGGAGAGAGACCAUACAAAUGUCAGGGAUGUGAACGAACCUUUGCACACAGCUCAACCCUCACUCGACCUUUGAGAACUCAUACUGGAGAGAAGCCCUAUGCAUGCAGUGAGUGUGCAAAAGCCUUCAACAGGAUUCCAUCUCUUACCCAACAUCAGAGGAUUCACACAGGGGAAAGGCCAUAUAAAUGCAAAGACUGUGGAAAAUCCUUCUGCCAGAGUUCUUACCUGAUCUUGCACAAGCGAACACAUACUGGUGAGAAGUCCUAUGAAUGUAAUGAAUGUGGGAAGGCCUUCAGCGAUCGCUCAUCACUUAAUCAGCACCAGCGAACUCACACUGGUGAGAACCCCUAUGAAUGGAAUCAGUGUGGAAGAGCUUUUAGCCAGAGAUCCUCCCUGGUUAGGCACAAGAGAACUCACACUGGAGAGAAACCGUAUAGCUGUAACAAGUGUGGAAAGGCAUUCAGCCAGAGUUCUUCCCUUAUUACACACCAGAAAACUCACACUAGUCAAAAAACCUAUAAAAUCAUUGAUUGUGGGAAAGCUUUCUAUAAGAGCAGCCACUUUAUUUCAUUUUAGAGCUUGCUUGCUGACUUGUAAAAUACUUUUUAGCACUCUAUCAAAUAAAUACGGCUAGACAUUGUCCUUCUGAUGUCCUACUUGAAAAGAAGUAGGCUUAUGCCACAUUCUUAAAUGAAAGCCCUGAGAUCUAGAUCUUAGAGGGGUCUUUUAAUGAGGGAAAUUGCCUCUGAGCUAUGACCAAUGAGUUCCACCUUCUUGGAAAAGAUCAAUAAAUGGGAAUACUAACAUGGAAUGGGAUUUUGGUAAGAAUGAUCAUAUUCAUUGAGUUGUUAAAUCAAAAGGUAUUCUGUUUCAACUUUUCUUUCAGUUGUCAUUUUUAAAUUUUUUUUAAUCCCCACCCAAGGACAUGCUUUUUUAUUGAUUUUUUUAGUGAGAGGGGAGAGAGAGAAACAUCAAUGUGAGAGAGAAACAUUGAUUUAUUGCCUCCCUAUUUGUAUGC